UCUCCUUCUUUCGUUCCCUGCCCUGCCCAGCCGCUCGCCGCAUGCGUGGUUCGCAUUUACGCUUCUUCAAAGUUGGUAUCGAAUGGGGCCCCGAUGGGGUCGUCUGAGCGCGGUUGCAUUGAAAAUGCUCACCAUUACCCAACCCGUCUGGUCGACUGUGGUACCGACAGUCGCCGUCCAAAUGUGUCUACCUCCUGUCCGGCUCCCUCCGUCUCUGCCGCUCUCCUCUCGUCUAGCCGCUUGAGUCUGUCCCUCCUCCACACGCCUCAGCAACACACCUCCGGACAGGCAGAAGCGACAGUCCGACAUGUCGUCGCCUGGACUGGGCUGCCUGAACCCGUUGCCGUGGCCUCUGCCCGGAACCGUCUGUCCUGA